AUGGAUACAAACAAGAUCCUGCUUUUCCUCUUAAGCACAGCAAUUCUGGGUGCCAUCUCAGAUGCCUCUCUGAGCUUGGUGAAUGGCCGGAACCGGUGUGAGGGGCGCGUUGAGGUCUACUACAAUGGGAGUUGGGGCACUGUCUGCGAUGACGACUGGGACAUCCGUGAUGCCGACGUUGUGUGCAGGCAGCUGGACUGUGGCUUUGCAGUUUCAGCACCAGGAAGUGCCUAUUUUGGACAAGGCACCGGCAGGAUUUACCUGGACGAUGUGCAGUGCACGGGGAAUGAGUCGUCCCUCUUUGAGUGCAGGAGCCGUGGCUGGGGCGUGCACAACUGUAACCACUAUGAGGAUGCCAGCGUUGUCUGCUCAGGUGCUAAUACCUCAACCCUUGUUCCUACUCCAGUAUCCACCACACCUGCUCGAAAAUAUUUUUGUGGUAACUUCCUUUCCAAUUCAUCUGGAACAAUUCAGAGUCCUUUUUAUCCUUCAAAUUAUCCAGAUAAUGCAGAUUGCUCGUGGGAAAUACAAGUCAUGAACAAUUAUCGCAUUAUGCUCACAUUUGGAAGUAUUCGGUUGCAAGGUGGAUGCCAGUAUGACUAUAUUGAGAUUUAUGAUGGUCCACCAAGUACUUCUCCUCUGCUUGGAAGAAUUUGUUCUGGUUAUAAUAUCAUGUACACAUCCUCCUCAAAUAUGAUGACUGUCAGAUUUCACAGUGACUCUAGAUAUUCAAACAGAGGGUUUUAUGCUGAUUAUCAUUCUUUUCCAGCAGAUCAGAACACUGCCCUCUUUUGCUUCCCAACCCACAUGCGUGCAGUUGUAGAGAGAAGCUAUCUCCAGUCACAGGGUUACUCCGUGUGGAAUGCUAGCUUGUCUGACUCUUCUUGUAGACCAAGAAUUACAUCAACCCAGGUUAUAUUCAACAUUCCAUACAACAGCUGCGGUACCCGUAGACAGAGCAACAACGAGACUUUCACCUAUUCCAACGUGAUAAGAGUAUUUGCUGUCGAUUCCAUCAUCAAGAGGAAAAAGGACCUUUAUUUACAUGUGAACUGCAAAAUGCUCCAGAAAACCUGGGUACAAGCAAUGUACAUUGCUAAUGACGGUAUUGUUAAUGCUGAUGAAACCCAAUAUGGCAGAUACGAAGUGGACCUUGCGUUCUACAAUUCCUCCUCUUUCCUUUUGCCAGUUUAUGACUUUCCUUACUAUGUUGAUCUGAAUCAGAAUUUGUUCCUUCAAGCUUCUCUUCACAGCAAUGACUCAAAUCUGGUGCUGUUUGUGGAUACGUGUGUGGCAUCACCCGAUCCUAAUGAUUUUACAACACUGACCUACGACUUGAUCAGAAGCGGGUGUGUUAAAGACCCUACCUACUCUUCUUACUAUUCACCAUAUCCAAGCGUCAGUCGGUUUGCAUUUAAUGCAUUCUCCUUUGUUAACCGCUACCCAUCAGUCUACCUGCAGUGUGAGAUGGUGGUGUGCAGGUAUGGUGACUAUUCUUCCCGCUGCUACCAAGGCUGUGUGAACAGGUUCAGGAGGAAUGCAGAAUCCUCCCAGGGAAAAGUGAGUGCUGUCAUCGGACCUGUUCAGCUUCAGGAGGCUCCCAGUGAGAACAGGAAUGCUGGCAACAGAGUUCAAGAGGCCGUCAAGGAACCUGAUAAAUUUGACUAA